CAGCAUGUCCCAAACAAUGAUGGAAAAACUCUGAUAGGAAGAGAAGUCUGCAGUAAUUAGGGAGAAAAGAAGGCAAAUAGUAAAGGAGUUGCCGAUGGAACUGUAAGGAAUUUCUAACAUUGCUGUACUUAAAAUCACUAUGACUCCAUCUAGAGGAAGCCAUGACUCCAUUUUACAGGGCACAAACGCCAUGCUAUCACAUAGCACCCUGGUGAAGCAGAGGAAGCAGCCAGCAUCAGCCGUCAUGAAGGAAAGCUACAGAAAUGAUGCAGAGGGCAUGGAUCUGGGGAAAAAAGUCAGCAUCCCCAGAGACAUCAUGUUGGAAGAACUGUCCCAUCUCAGUAAUCGUGGUGCCAGACUGUUUAAGAUGCGUCAAAGAAGAUCUGACAAAUAUACAUUUGAGAAUUUCCAGUAUGAGUCUAGAGCACAAAUAAACCACAAUAUUGCUAUGCAGAAUGAGAAAGUGGACAGCAGUCCUAUGCAAGCUGGUUUACAGCAAGCGCCCCUGACUCCCCCCAACACCCCAGAUCCACGAAGCCCUCCAAACCCAGAGAGCAUAGCACCAGGAUAUGCUGGGCCCCUGAAGGAAAUUCCCCCUGAAAGAUUCAAUAGCACCGCUGUCCCCAAGUACUACCAGUCCCCCUGGGAACAGGCCAUCAGUGAAGAUCCAGAGCUCCUGGCAGCUUUGUAUCCUAAACUCUUCACACCUGAAGGAAAGGCAGAGCUGCCCGAUUACAGGAGCUUCAACAGAGUUGCCACCCCAUUUGGAGGCUUUGAAAAAGCUUCCAAAAUGGUCAAAUUCAAAGUUCCAGAUUUUGAGCUACUCCUGCUAACAGAUCCCAGGUUCAUGGCCUUUGCAAAUCCUCUCUCUGGCAGACGGUCCUUUAAUAGGACUCCGAAAGGGUGGAUAUCUGAGAAUAUUCCCAUCGUUCUAACUUCAGAACCUGCCGAGGAUGCUGCUGUGCCAGAAUCGGAAGACCUCUGAGAAGGAAGCCAUUCACACUACUGAAGCCUGUCAAAAGAAAGCUCCUCUCUCACCACCCGGCUUAUUAACAAAGCCAUUUACAUUCUUCACUAGUAGUAGUGAUUCAAUAGCAAUGAAAGAAGUUUUUUUCUGGCAUUUGGCUUCAAUCUCAGCUGAAAUACUA